AUGAGCGAAAUAGAAGAGAUUCCUGUAAUUCAAAAAAAUAAGAAAAGAAAAUUGGGUAGGCCAAGAAAAUCCAUUUGGGCGCAUUUUAUAGAAACAAAUAAUCUUAAUAGUAAUAAAAAAGAUAACCAUCCAGGAGCAACAUGUGUUUAUUGUGGACAGCAGUGGGCACGUGGGAAAAGUUCAGAUAUGAUUGCACAUAUUGCACUCUCUUGUCCUAAACCCCCUCCACCUGAUGUUCGUGCAAAAUUUCAAUCUGUUUUACAAAAUAAAGAUGUGUCUGAUGAGGACAAUAAUGAUAAUGAUAACAAUUUUCAAUAUAAAAAAGGUCAACCAAAAAUUACAGAUAAAUUUGAAAAAUUAAAGAUUUCUGAUGAGAAACAACGAAAAUUGGUGGUUACUCUUGAACAUAAAAGUACUACAUUGGUUGAAUGUUUCAUUCAUCUUAUGAAGCUAGGAAUAAUGAUUAAGGAAUUUCCAUCAGGAAAUAUACCUUUUAAAGAACAGUGUCAAGAAAUAUUUGAUAAACAUUGGGGGCAAUUCAAUUUUGAGUUGUAUUUGCUUGCUUUUUUUUUACAUCCCCAACACCGAGAUAAGGGCCUACAUGCAAAUACCUUUUGUAUUAUAUGUGAAAAAUCUCUUCAGAUUUGGAAAAAUUUAGGUGGUGGUAAUACUUCAGCAAAUGAAUUAAUAGCACAAUUAUCUAACUAUUCACUAAAAAUUAAACCAUAUGAUUUUGAGUUUGUUCCUGGAAUUCAUACUGUUAACAGCUGGUGGUUAAUGUUUUCUGUUUUAAUUCCAGCUACUGAGAUUGUUGAACAUGGAGAUCAAGAAUUUGACAUACAAUCAAUUGUAGAAACCACAAUGUUAAGAAGAUCAAACAGAUUGAAUUCAACUUUUAGUGAUAUUA